AAAAAUAGUAAAUACAGACAUCAUGAAAGCUUUUGUUUUUCCGUUUCAAAUGUUUGAAUAACUAUAACAACAUAGAACUGACGAUGCCAGCAAGCAGCUUUGUAAGUGCGGGAACACGUAGCCAAAGCUUUCACUCUUCCAAUUCCUCACAUUCUAAAAGGUCCAAAACACUAUCGUAUCGUACAAUAAGUAGACAUUCCAAUGUUGAUGAAAAUUUAUUUGGAUUGCCUUUGCAUUUAAAAGAACGACAGUGCCAUCUGACGGAUCAGGAUGAUAGUUUUUCGAAAGACCCUGACAUCAUUAUUACAAGGCAAAAACUAUUUAAACCAGGUUUAUUACGGGAAGAGUAUGAACUACAAAAAGAAAAUCAGAAGAGAAGAAAAAUAAGGCAUCUCACAUCUGAUUUAGUUCGUAAUCUUAUAAUACCCUCAAAUUGCAUUGACAAGAAAAGGAUAGUCAUUCCACCAGAAAAAUAUAAAGAACUUUUACAAAAAGCUAAGUUGUUGACUAAUGAAGAAGAACAAUUUGCUAAUGAGCAAGAGAAAUCUGAACAAAAAUCAACUCUGGAAGCAGUAGAGCAACGUAAACAGAAAAUGCGUGAAUAUGAUUUAAAUCGUGUGCGUAACGAACGACUUACAGAUUUGGAAGAAGAAGCAAAAAAACAAGCAGAAAGUUUGUUACAAAAAGCUUUGGAACAACGGCAAGAUCAGGAAGAUGAGAUAAAGGCAUUAAACGAAUGGAUAUUAAAUGCCAAAAUACAAGCAAUAAGAGACGAACAAAUUCUGGAAAAAAGCUUAAUCAAAAAGGAAAUGGCCGAAGAAGAACUACGUCUAGAUAAUAUGAUGGAAUUAGAAAGACAAAACGCUAUACACAUACAGGAAGAGAUAGAAAAAAAGCGUAAACAGCAGGAAAUUCUUGGAGCUUGUAGAGUUUUAGAACAAAUCGAGGAGAACAAACAAGAUCGUUUGUUGGAAUUAGAACGGACCGAACAGGAAAAUAUUUUAGCGACACAACGAAUAGCUGACGAGAAUAUGAAAGAAAUUGCUAACAGAGAGAAAAAAAGAAAAAUUCAAGAAAAGAUGAGAAUAGAGCUUAAUAUAGCUAAUGAGGAAUUACGAAAACGACGAGAAAUUGAAAAGGAAAAAGAUCGUCUGAUGGAUCUGAAAAUAAUGCAAAUUCAAAAUGAAAAAGCAGAACGUGAAGCUGCCUAUGAAGCCGAACAAAUACGUAUAAAACGUGAGAAAGAACUAGAAAUUACACGUUUACGUGCAUUACAAGAAAGAGCAUCAGAUGAGGCGGCAGAACGUGAUGCAUUAAGAGCUAAACGUGCAGCUGAAGCCAAUGAAAGAGAAUGGAGACGUAAAGAAUUAUUAGCUGCACAGAAAAAAAUUGAAACAGAAAAUGAAUUGAAAUUAGCUAGAGCAGCACAAGCUGAAGACAGAAAACGUCAGUUAGCAAUUGAAGCUGGUCGUGAAAGAGUUGAAUUUGAAAGAAUUUUGAAGCGUCAACAAGAACUUGUAGAAAAUGAUAAACGCGCUGAAUAUGAAGCUAAACAGAAGAGUUUUCAAAAUUUAAAAGAUCUUCGCCUUCAAAUAUGUGAAAAAGAAAAAGAACGCAUUGCAGAAAGAAAUGCUGUAUUUGAAGAAGGUCUGCGAUUAAAUGAAGAAGCAAGAUUAAGGCGUUUGCGUUUAAACGAGGCGAAAACACGUAAAUUAAAAGAGUUAAAGUAAGUAGUUCUAUUUUGGUAUUGGUUAUUAGUGGAACACAAGAAGUAUUUUACGUCACAUUUUAUAUCUUUCUUAAAAGCAUAUGCUUACAUCUUAGUAAGUUUUACUUGUCGUAAUGUAAGUUAAAACUAACAAUAUUUGCAUUUAUAAUGCUUGUUUGAAGUGAAAGCAAUGUACUGAAAUACACUUUGAAUGGUAUGUAUGAUUGAAAUCUUGGAGUUCCUCGUCGUUUUUCAAUCGUCAUUCAGCUGAAUGUACCCAUGUUUUCGUGGUGACGUUCACAGGGUGUACUACGAUCUGUUUAUAAUCAUAUUAAACACUAGAACAGUAGUCCAAUAGUCUUGUGAGUAACGAUAACUACUAAAUUGAUAUUUACUACCAGCUGUAAGGUAUUCUAUGUCUUUGUUUAUCAAUAUCUCGAAGUGAAUUGACUAAUGUAGAUAUGUAUUGGCUCAUUGAAUAGAUACAUAUUUUCUGCAUUCACAAAUCGAUUGAAUAACCACUAGUAGUUAAUAUACGUUGUCUGAAUUUAUCUAAAACAAAUUUUUGAACAAUAUUAUACGUAUUACUUAAGUAUUAUAAUGGCCGUCAUUUUUUAUUCAUAAUAAUAAUAAUAAUAACAAUCAAUGACACACCAACACUGUUGACCGUAAUUAAUGUCGUAUUAUAUGCCAGCUACUGUCACGUACAUACAUUUAUGACUGCUCUCAACAAGAUGGAUUGCCAUAGAUCUUAAGUAUAUAAUGCACAAUGAUAAUAUGGUUUAACAAGAGAGAGAGAGAGAGAGAGGAGAGAGAGAUUGUGUGCAAUUCAUUAAAGAUAAUCUACCUAUUAUUUUAUUGAUUUAAACUUAUAACCUUCUAUAGAAGAAUAAAAAUAAAUAAAAUAUUCUUAAAUUUUAGAGAGGCUGGCAUACCAG